UAAUUUGCCAUUCAUUUUAAUUUCAGUAAGCUAAAGAUAUUGAAACAUGUUUGAAAUGGUAAAUAUUUAACUGUAGCUCUGGGAGUAUCUCUUAAGAUUUAUACGUGUUUUUUAUAUUUAAAAAAAACAAUGUCAGCAAUAGGCUGUCCACGAGUUAUUUCUACUUCUAUAAAUCCGCAUAGGCGAUAUAGUUUACAGUAAAAAUGCGUGCGUCGCCUUUUAAAAUGCCUCCGCAUUCCUGCGAUUCCUUAACUUUACCCGCAACACUUUUGCAUUAUUUAUUACGUUUAAACCAACAAAAACGCGUCGUUUUAAUCUUAAAGUUAGUUCAGAAUGUCAAAAUGUCUUACGCGUGGCCUGAAGCAACAUAGCGUUUUGAUAUAGUUUUAAUGUCUAUUUAGUGUUCGGCGUUUGUUGUCAUAUUGCACACUUUCACGCGCUCCGUUUACGCCGCCACGCAGUAAUACACACCGCAGCCUACUUAUCGCGUGGCCUCGGAUAGGAGGGGCCUCGCGCUUAAGUAGCAUGCCAAUCAAGCCGUCAACUUCAAAUUGUGAGAGGUCCAGAGGGUAGACGCAUCAGCAGACGUUCCUCCUGACGAGACCGCGCUUCUGCACCAGGCGAGAGUUAUCGCUGUGAUCGAAAGUGGAUUGCUCUUCUCUCUUGUAAAUCUCCGUCAGAGUUCCUCGGGAGUUGGACAUGUCGUUCCCCCAGCUGGGUUACCCGCAGUUCCUCAGCGCCUCCCAGGAGGUGUACGGAGCGGAGCGCGCGGCUGCCAUGCCGUCCUCCCCGCGCGAGGGAGGCUCGGAGAGCGGCGCAAACCCCGCGAGCGCGGCGGCGGCGAUCACGCCGAUGCUCGGCAUGUACGCGAAUCCGUGGACCGUGCAAAACUACAGCGCCUUCCUGCCUUACAACAGCGCCGAGCUGGCCCUGCUCUCUCAGAUGGGGUCGCAGUAUGAGCUGAAGGAUAACCCCGGGGCACAUCCACCAGGAUUUGCAGUCCACGCUGCGCCCGGUUUCUACCCAUACGGCCAGUACCAGUACGGUGACCCGGCCCGGGCCAAGAGCGCCACCAGAGAGACCACCAGCACACUGAAAGCGUGGCUGCAGGAGCAUAAAAAGAACCCGUAUCCCACCAAGGGCGAGAAGAUCAUGCUGGCCAUCAUCACUAAGAUGACCCUCACGCAGGUGUCCACCUGGUUCGCCAACGCGCGCCGGAGACUCAAGAAGGAGAAUAAAGUGACCUGGGGCCGCAGCGCGGAGGACAGAGACGGGCGAAUUUUUGACAGCGACAACGAGGACGACGCGGACAAAAACGACGACGAGGAAGAAAUCGACCUCGAGACCAUCGACAUGGACAAGCCCGAGGAGUCCAGAGGAGAACAGAACAAGGAAAGCUCGGAUAAUCAGAGCGAAAGAGAGAGCGUGGGAUCGCCGCGGAUAUUAUCCUCUCCAUCGGCGCUUAAAAACGCGGACAGCCCUGUGUCGAGUAGUAAUAAAGAACAGAGCGCGGUGAAAAGCGUCGGCGAGGUGUCUCCGGGCGGCCCGGUGUGUCAGAGGCCUGGGAACAGCAAACCCAAAAUCUGGUCCCUGGCGGAGACGGCGACGAGUCCCGAUAACGCGCAGAAACUCGGCGUCUCCCCGACGCCCGCGGGCCUCAGGGCCUCGCCCUCGACCCAUCCCGCCUUCCUCUCCACUAACGGGAUUUACACGUGCCAGAUCGGGAAACUACACAACUGGGCGAGCGCCGCUUUCCUCAGCGCGAACUCUCUGAUGGGCGUGCGUUCGCUCUUGAGUCAAAACGGCAGCUUCCCAAACGGGCCCGUUACGAACCCCGAGAAGAAGCCCUCGUCCGCCUCCGGCUCUCCCUGUCUAGACAGCGACAACUCAUCCGACGGGUUCAGCCCCAAACACAACGAUCAAGAAAACGUUCAGAGAAUCGAAUCCCCGCCGCUCGCGUCCAGACCGCCGUUCCCAGUCAUCCACGACAGGUCUCACCACGAAACAUCACAACGCGCCCUGAAGACUAUUUCGUGAACACAGAACUUAUCAGAACCUCUAAAUUAUUUAACGAAACUAAAAUGUGACAACACAAUAACAGCAUUCAAGUCAUCGGACAGACCAAAAUAAUUUUUGUAUUUCUCAAUACGCUCCCAUCCUGCAAUAUAUAAAUAUAUAUAUCUAUUUUUUUGUAUUUUCAUUUUGAUUUCAUUUCGGCAUGUUUCAGUUUUCCGUGUAGCCCGCCUCCAUUUCUUUUACAGAGUUAAUAAGAGUAUUUGUCAGAAAUUGUGAAAAUGAUAUAUUUUUGUGUAAUAAAGAAAAUGAGAUGAAUUGUGUUACUGAAAUCUAUUAUCUUUAGUUGGAUAACUGAGUUAUUUAUUCACGCGCCAUGACUUGGUGAAGACACUUCGGUUAAUGCUUGCUUCUUUAAUUGCGAGGCGAGUAAAUUAUAUGUGCGAAUGGUAUAAGUGGAAUAAAUGCUAUUAAUAAAUGGGGAAUAA